UCGAAGAUGUCAGUUCAAUCAAUUGCAACUACCCCAUUUCAAGAUCAGAAACCUGGUACUUCAGGUUUACGUAAGAAGGUUAGUGUUUUUCAACAAGAUCAUUACACUGAAAAUUUCAUACAAUCUAUUUUAGAUGCUAUUCCCGAAGGUUCCAAAGAUAGUACUUUGGUAAUUGGUGGUGAUGGUCGUUACUAUAAUGACCACGUGAUUCAAUUGAUCAUUGAAAUUGCUGCUGCUAAUCAAGUUUCCAAGUUAAUCAUUGGGGAAAACGGGAUCUUAUCCACUCCAGCCACUUCUCAUGUCAUCAGAAUCAAAAAUGCUACCGGUGGGAUCAUUUUAACUGCUUCUCAUAACCCAGGUGGUCCUCAAAAUGAUUUGGGUAUCAAAUAUAACUUGGGUAAUGGGGGGCCUGCUCCUGAAUCCGUCACUAACAAGAUUUUUGAAGUUAGUAAAAAACUCGAUUCUUAUAAAUUGAUUAAAUUCGAUAAAGUUGACUUAUCUAAAAUCGGUAACUUUAAAGUUGGCAAUUUAGAUAUUGAAAUAAUUGAUUCAACUAAAGAUUAUGUUGAUUUAUUAAAAUCCAUCUUUGAUUUCCCAUUAAUUAAAUCUUUCAUUUCAAAAGCUACUAAUGAACAAGGUUUCAAAAUCUUAUUUGAUGCAUUAAACGGGGUCACUGGUCCUUACGGUGAAAAAAUAUUUGUUGAAGAAUUGGGUUUAUCAAAAGACUCAAUCCAAAAUUAUGUUCCUAAACCAGAUUUUGGUGGAUUACACCCAGACCCAAACUUAACUUAUGCCAAAACUUUGGUCGAUCGUGUUGAUAGUGAAAAUAUCGCUUUUGGUGCUGCAAGUGAUGGUGAUGGUGACCGUAAUAUGAUUUACGGUGCUGGUACUUUUGUUUCUCCUGGUGAUUCUGUUGCUAUCAUUGCUGAGUAUGCUGACUCAAUUCCUUAUUUUGCUAAACAAGGUAUCUACGGUUUAGCAAGAUCAAUGCCUACUUCUGGUGCUUUGGAUUUGGUUGCUAAAGAUAAAAAUUUAAAUGUUUAUGAAGUUCCAACUGGUUGGAAAUUUUUCUGUUCUCUUUUUGAUGAUAAAAAAUUAUCAAUUUGUGGUGAAGAAAGUUUCGGUACUGGUUCCAACCAUAUUCGUGAAAAAGAUGGUGUUUGGGCCAUCGUUGCUUGGUUAAAUGUUUUAGCUGAUUAUAAUCAAAAAUUCCCUAAUGAUAAAACAUCAAUUGCCACUGUUCAAAAUAAAUUCUGGGCUAAAUAUGGUAGAACUUUUUUCACCAGAUACGAUUAUGAAAAUGUUUCAAGUGAAGGUGCUAAUAAAAUUAUUGAUUUAUUACAAUCAAUUGUUGAUAGUAAAAAACCCGGUGAUGAAUUAGCCCAGGGUUUCAUCAUAAAACAAGGUGAAAAUUUCUCUUAUACCGAUUUAGAUGGUUCAGUUUCCUCUAAACAAGGUUUAUUCAUCAAAUUCGAAAAUGGAUUAAGAUUUAUUGUCAGAUUAUCAGGUACUGGUUCUUCAGGUGCAACUGUAAGAUUAUAUUUGGAAAAACACUCUAAAGAUGAAUCAACCUAUCAUUUACCAGUUGAUAAAUACUUAUCCAGUGAAGUAAAAUUCGUUUUGGAUUUACUUAAAUUUAAAGAAUUCUUAGGCAAGGAAGAACCUGAUGUUCGUACUUAG